CUUCGGCUCCGAGCUGACCCUGCGAAGGGCAGUGUUGGCUCCGCAGCGCUGCGGAGACCUCCACCUAGGACGGUUUCCCCUCCCCGGGCCUCUCCCCUCUUUCCCGCGAUUCUCCUCGCCUCGUAGGCUUCUCGGAUCUAAUAUCGUGGGGUGAGGUGAGAGCAGGCCCGGGGAGGGUGGUUACCGCUGAGGAGCUGCAGUCGCGAUCAAGAUGAUAGAAGUACCAACAACAACUGACUCUCAGAAACUGCUACACCAGCUGAAUGCCCUGUUGGAACAGGAGUCGAGAUGUCAGCCAAAGGUCUGCGGCUUGAGACUAAUUGAGUCUGCACACGAUAAUGGCCUUAGGAUGACUGCAAGACUGAGGGACUUUGAAGUAAAAGAUCUUCUUAGUUUAACUCAGUUCUUUGGCUUUGACACCGAGACAUUUUCUCUAGCUGUGAAUUUACUGGACAGAUUCCUGUCCAAAAUGAAGGUACAGCCCAAGCACCUUGGGUGUGUUGGACUGAGCUGCUUCUAUUUGGCUGUAAAAUCAUUAGAGGAGGAAAGGAAUGUCCCACUGGCAACUGAUUUGAUCCGAAUAAGCCAGUAUAGAUUCACGGUUUCAGACUUGAUGAGAAUGGAAAAGAUUGUGUUGGAGAAGGUGUGUUGGAAAGUCAAAGCUACUACUGCCUUUCAAUUUCUACAACUCUAUUAUUCACUCCUUCAAGAGAGCUUGCCAUAUGAAAGGAGGAACAGCCUUAAUUUUGAAAGACUGGAAGCUCAACUUAAGGCAUGCUACUGCAGGAUCAUAUUUUCUAAAGCAAAGCCGUCUGUGUUGGCAUUGUCUAUCAUUGCAUUGGAGAUCCAAGCACUGAAGUGUGUAGAGUUAGCAGAAGGAGCAGAAUGUCUUCAGAAACAUUCCAAGAUAAAUGGCAGAGAUUUGACUUUCUGGCAAGAGCUUGUAUCCAAGUGUUUAACUGAAUAUUCAUCAAACAAGUGUUCCAAACCAAAUGUUCAGAAGUUGAAAUGGAUUGUUUCUGGGCGUACUGCACGGCAACUGAAGCACAGUUACUACAGAAUAACUCACCUUCCAACAAUUCCUGAAAUGGUCCCUUAAUUGGAUUAAUACAGCAACAACAAAACUCUUCUUUGAAGCCUUUCUCCACAAUCCUGAGCUGUGGAUUUCAUCAUGUUGUAAUGGAUUUAAGCUGUGAAGCCUCAAAACAUCACAACUAGAUUAACAUUGGUGUUUUCAGAUUUGGGGAAAUUGCCUAAUUAACAUUACCCUAUAGUGGGAUUAUCCACAUUUGAAUUCACCUGUGAAGCAUACAAAUCAAAGCUAACAGCAUAAAUGUGAAAAGCUAAUUGACAAACCUGGGAAGUUAAACUGUGAAUCGUCAUUUCUAACAUUGAUCCAGCUUUCUACAUCGGGUCAUUAUAUUGUAUUUAGGUGGUGUUAAAAAUGGUAACCUACUUAACUUAAAAUUUAAAUAAUGAGGUUUACAUCAAAACCAACAUUUCAUAAAUGCACUUUUAAGGCAUAACAAGGGUCAUUAUUCUAGGCAGUGAAAAUAGUUUCUUGGCACCUAUAAUGCAAAUAACAGAUAAUCCAGAGAUGUGGACUUUAUUGCUACAUGAGAAUUACAUUUAAAUUUCAGGGCAUUUUACAUAAAGCAAACUACAUACCUAGUAAUUUUGGCAUAUUUAAUCUUCUAGAAAACAGGUGAUGUUUGUACCCAUGAUUAAAAAAUUUUAUAUAAAAUUGACUGCCUCAAUGCAGUCCCAUCAAGAAAAUUAUUAUAGUAGUAACUCAAAAUAACAUCACUCUGAAAACUUUCUGAAAAAUUUGCACUCCAGAAGUUUUUACUAGGGACUGUUUUUAUAAAACCAUCAUUGCUUCUAAUUUAGAAUUUUGCUUAGAAAGAAGCAAAAUACACUUUCACUAAUUACCCCUACUGUGCCAAAAAAGUGUUAAGUAGACAUCUUCAUAAUUAUAAGGUUGCUGAAGUAGUAUUCAGGACGUUGGUGAAUCUAAGGAGAUGUGCAGUGUUAAAGUUCUAUAAACAGUUCUUCAGUGCAAUGUAUGGCCUGAAUAUAUCCAGGAUGGCUGUACCCAACUUGGGCAUAUUAUACGUAGAUAUGCAUUGGAAAAUAAACCAAAGAGCCACAGUAUAUCUUAUGCUUUUGUAAACCAUGUUUUAUGGAUAACUUUCCAGUUUGCUCAAAAGAUUGAUAAAUUUCAAUAUUUUGAAUACAUCAGUGUUAAUUUUGAGUUGACAGAGGUAACAUAACCAACUACCAUUAUGUUUUGGUACUAAGGGAUACCUUUCAAUAAAGUUACUGAAAUGCA